AUGCCGGUCACAGACACGCCAGAGGAGCCCCUCUCUCCGGUAAAACCACCGGCUAAGAUGGUGAACCGACUCAAGUCUUUGGUGAGCAAGAAAAAGAAGCGGUUCCAGGCGGAUGGUUUCGACCUUGACUUGAGCUAUAUUUCACCAAGGAUCAUUGCUAUGGGUUUUCCUGCCGAGCGCAUCGAGGGCCUGUACCGCAAUCAUAUUGAAGAAGUCAGUCGCUUUUUUGAGCAGAAACACAAGGGACACUACAAGAUUUACCAUCUGUGA